AUGUUUGUGGACAUUGUGGUCUACUUUGUUGGCACUGCUGUAGGGGUGGAUAGCAAUCUCCAUGAAGAAGCUGACUUAGUUGUUGAACAUGGAAAACCGGUAAAUGACCAUAACACCCCUGAUCUAAAUUUUCCGGACACUGUUGUCCCUGGCAUGCCUGAAUUUGAUCGGAAACUUGGUGCACCUGCAAAAAGGAUGGCUCCGUUGGUGACCUUGCAGAAGAAGGUGUAUAUGUCAAUACUAAGAAGAGAGCUUCCUAAGCUUCUAGCAUUGUCUUCUGGAACUUGUAGUCAUCAAUCCUUGGAGAAUAUUGUGAGCCAACAUCUCUCCUUCUAUGCUUACUAUCAUGAACAUUUAGCAGGUAGUCAUCCUCACCUCUUUGCUGGUAUAGAGCCAGAACCAUAUGAAGAGGGUGAACACUUGGUUCAGGCAAGUGGAAAACUGGUAGUCUUAGACCAGCUACUUCAGAAGCUACAUACGUCUGGACACCGUGUUCUUCUGUUUGCACAGAUGACACAUACACUUGAUGUCUUACAGGUUUACUUCAUUAUCUUUUCAUAA